AUGUUACUUCGUGCAAUAAGAUAUUGUUCAACAUUGCAAGCUUAUUUAAAAGAACGUAGUAAAUUAAGAAUGGCACUUUUAUUAAAUAAAUAUCCUGGACAUUUCAUCGAUCAACAAUUUAAUGCUGUUUUACAAAAAUUUAAUAUAAAUGAAAUAUUUACUAUAAAUAAUUAUUAUUCUAUACGCCAAAAAGUUAUAAAUAUUCCAUUUAAAGAAAAAGUACCAAUAGAUUACACUACUAAAAUGUUUGUUCAUUUCACGUACUGCUCAAAUAUGAAAGCAUUUCCUCAGAAAUUCCAUGCACUCUGGAAUAAAUAUUUUGGCGAAUCACCAAUCAAUGAUAUAACUCCAAUUCUGGGUACUCGUAAUGUUCCUAAUUUACAACGUCGAUUAAUUAAUACUCAUUAA